CUUUUCUCUCUUUAAUUUUUUUUUUUUUUUCUAAUUAUUAUAAUUUAUGAGCAAUAGUAGCAGUAAUAGACGAAGAUCUGUUUCAGUAUCAGGGACCCCAUAUUUAUCUCAGUCAGAUACUACUUCAUCUAUUUCAUCUUCUUUAUGGAACACUAAUAAGCCUAAAGGAUAUUUUCUAUCGAGGUUCAAAUCACCGUCGACAACACCGCCAAUUACACCUUCAAGCUCCACGUCAACAUCUCUCUUACCCACUAGCCUGCCUCCCAUCCAUGGUCAACAAAAAAUCAAGAGAAAACCACUUGUAACGCCUGUUCCUUCAUCCACCGUUUCUAGAAAGAAGUUCGAAACUGUAUUGGGAAUUAAAACCGAGGAUAUGUUACCAGAAGACUCCUCUUCAAAAAAGAAGAGUAACGUUAGUAAUCGAGGGUUUGGAAAUUUAUUCAAAAAGAAGCAACGCAGCAAAUCUGUGGAUAAAAAAGUGAAUGCAGAAAACACCAGUUCAUUGUUCUUUAAUAACUCUCCUAUUCAUGCAGAUAAAGAAGAUAAUAAAUUUGAAUUGCCUCCUCUUUUACUUCAUCAACCUAUGUCACCAACUGCACCACUUCAUAAUUAUAAACCUCAAUACCAUUACGAACAAGUCAAAGAACAGCCUCCCGCAAAACCCAUUACCCCUCUCACCAAUGCCAGACUGUCAAACGCAUCCACAAGAAAGUCAACAGGAUCCUAUUCGAUCUACAGCACUUUUGGACCAGAGUCAAUUUAUGGAGAGAAUGGAUCAACUGAAAAUAUCACUGCAGCUACAAGUGUUUCAGAUAUUCAUGAGACUCAUAAAAAUGAAUCGAUAGACUUGGCUCAUAUUGUAGCAAGCAAUGUACAAACCAGAAAUCAAGCAAGAUUAGUUACUACUGUGGAAUCUGAAGAGGAGGUUGAAGAUGAUGAUGAAUACGACGACGACGACGAAGAUGAUGAUGAUGAAGACGAUGAUGACGAUGAUGACGAAGAUGACGAUGAUGAAGACGAUGAAGUUGGUGAGAUACAACAUGACAUAUUCGUCGACGCAACAGGGAUCUCGCAGGAUGAUAUGGAAAGAGAGAGGACUGACACAAGAUUGUCGAAACGUCUUAGUGGGGGUCAUUUUGGAAGCGCUGGAGGCCUUAUGAUGAGUAUCAUGGCAAAUUCAAACUCUUUGGAAUUAAAGAAGCAACAGCGACGAACGAGUAAGCCACCACCUGAGGAUGUCGUGCAGUCAAUGAUCAAUUGGAAGAGACAUAGCGGUCAGCUUCUAGGAAAGAAUAUGUUGGAUCAACUGCAACAAGAGUUUGCAGAUAAAUCCCCACCUACGGUACCUCAAAAAGAUGUACGAGUUCAGCAAAUUAGUCCCAAACUUUUACCAGUUCCGCCUCAAAGAUCGUUACCACCCAAUCCCGAAAUUUUACUCUCAACAACUGAGGUUGAAGAAGAGGAUGAUGAUCAAAACAUUGAAGAAGAGACACCUGUUAAAGAUGUUGACGCCAUAAAUGAUCCCAAAGAAUGUGCUUCAUUGUUGUGGCAUGAAGACGAAAGUUUUGUGCAACACGAAAGAAUUGCAGAAUGGCUUGGCCAGAGCAAAACGCUGAAUACAAAUACGUUACAUGAAUACAUGAAUUAUUUUGAUUUUGCAACAAUGAGAUUGGAUAGUGCGUUUAGAAAGGUUUGUUCCAAACUUUAUUUCCGUGCAGAAGCUCAACAAAUUGAUCGGAUACUGGAAGCAUUUGCAAAGCGAUAUUGGCAGUGUAACCCCAAAUCACUUUUUGGAAGUGCAGAUAUUGUAUACGCAGUGGUGUAUUCACUCUUGCUACUAAACACCGAUUUGCAUGUGGCUCAAGGAAACUACACAAGGAUGACACGACAAGCUUUUGUAAGAAAUACAAUGUCUACAAUUAAAGAUCAACAAGAAGCGGAUCCCAAAAGAAUUCCCAGAUCACCCAAUUUUAUGUUGGCUUGGGAAGCUCGCAUUGAAGCUUACCUGAAGGACAUGUAUGUAUCAGUGAAGCAUUAUCAGAUUCUACAACCAUUACAAAACCAACAAUCGACUGAAGCGGGUAACGACUUUUUAAGCCCCACCCAGACAUCAAAAAGAAUGAGUAUGAUCGGCGGACGACGCAUGAUCGAUAUUAAACGUAGUUUAAAUACAAUGAUACACAAAUCUACUUCAACGCGUGAAAGUAUGCUAUUUUUGGAUGAACCCUUGCCGAGAAAAAGUACGAGUUCGUCAAACAAACAAAUUCCCAACAAUCACAACCGCACUCACAGACGUGAGUCAUUUUCAUCUGUUCAUUCUGGUAAUUCCUCUGGUGGUUCGUCUAAAAAUACGACUAACGGAUCAUUGUUAUCACCGAAUCAUAUGAUGAGUUUUAUGGAUACGCACGCCGCAGAUCUCUUUGCCAAUCGACCGCCCUACCUAAAAGAAGGUGUAGUCAUGCGCAAACAUUUAUUGGAAAGCGCCAAUCAAAAAGCUAAACAUCGUGAAUGGCGUGAGUGCUUACUAGUCGUUGGCCAAGGCGAAUUAAAAAUGUAUGGACUACAAUCCGACACGCAUGAUUCAUCAGCAAGGAAAAACAUGAUUCGAGCAAGCAGUGCAAGUUUUGCCAAUUUAGCUGAUUCACUUACCAAGAACUAUGCUAGCAACAAUAGUACAACAUUCAGUCCUACCUCUUCCUUUGGCGGUGCGUCACAGAUAGGCAAUAACAGAUGGACUGCUUACUCGCAAUUAUUAGGUUCAAUUCAGCUGAACCAUUCUUUGGCCAACGCCCUCCCACCACCAGGUUAUAAUCGAAGCAGACCAAAUGUAUUCGCCAUUCAAGAGCCAAGUGGAGGGGUUUACCUGAUUCAAGCAGCAUCUCAGGAACAGAUUAUUGAAUGGGUCUCAACAUGUAAUUAUUGGGCUGCACGUCAAAGUAAAGAACCCCUUCAAGGUGGUGUCAGUAAUAUCGAGUACGGCUGGGGAAGCUGCUUGGAUGAUGUUAUUUUGGACUUGGACGCUGUUGAAAGUAAUCAAAAGAUUACCGGUAAAUACUUUCAUGAUCCAGAUGCAGUCAACCUUUCUCAUUGGGUUCCUCCUGCUCCCACAAUGGUAUCGAGUGUGUUAGAUGAAGUGACACAUUUUGAAAAUUUACAAAAGUACCUGGUUUUACUAAAUCAAGAAAUUAACGACCAUCGUGAGAUUAAAAAGAAAGUUCUUGUCAAGUUCCCUCAAAAAAGCCACAAUCACGCUAAAGCCUUAUCUAACUGGGAGGCAAAAUCCCAGUACAUGUUGCAUGACAUUAUCAAAUACCAAAAUUAUUGCGAUGUACUUGAGAAAAGCAUUGUAAGAUUACGAAAAGAACAAGAGAUCAACCAAGAAGAUGAAUUGGAAAAAACAUCAUAAUUUAUUUAAAAUUACAUAUAUACACAGCUUAGACAUAAUACCUAAUAAUAACACACUAAUAAACUAAUACACCUUCGCCUAAUCUA